AUGACAAAUAUGUCCAUGUCCGAGGAGGAUUGGUUCUAUGUUGACAUUGAUCAUUAUGACUAUUUUGAUUUUUGGGAAAAAGUCAUAUCUAUAAUUUGCUACAGUAUCACCUUCAUCUUUGGAAUUCUGGAAAAUGGAUUGGUCAUUUGGAUUGCUGGGUUCAAAAUUAAAAAGAAUGUAAAUACAAUAUGGUUUCUCAGUCUUGGUGUUGCAGACUUUACACUUAAUGCAUGUCUACCACUCCUAAUAACACAACUGGCUAUGAACUAUCACUGGCCUUUUGGCCGUAUAAUGUGUAAGACUGUGUUCACUGCUAUUUUCUUAAACAUGUCAGUUAGCACUUCCUUCUUAAUGAUCAUCAGUGUUGACCGUUGUACUUCUGUAAUAUGUCCUGUAUGGUCAAAAAAUCAUAGAACUUGCAAGUUAGCUUAUAUUAUUCCUGUUGUUAUUUGGCUGUUUUGCCUUAUUGUCAGCUCUCCGAAUGUAUCUUUUUAUGAUAUUUACAAUGGUCAGGAUGAUAUCUCUUACUGCCAUCCAGCAUAUGUAUCAUGGCAAAACAUUAGUGCUUUAGAUUAUGACACAAUGACACACAGGAACAAUGCUAUGGUCAUAACUAGAUUUAGCUUCAUGUUUCUGGUUCCAUUUGCAAGCAUCUUGCUUUGUUAUGGACUGAUUAUUUUAAAGGUAAGAAAAAGGAAGAGUCUUUCUGCUUCUGGUCGAACAUUUAAGGUUAUCAUUGCAAUCGUAUUUGCUUUUUUUAUCUGCUGGUUCCCUUUCCAGUUUUUGCCUCUCUUGGAUACUAUGGACUUUAACAUUGAUUCUCAUGUCAAUAACUUUGUUCUUCAACUUUUUAGUUGUCUGGCAUUUUUCAACAGUUGCCUCAAUCCAAUGCUAUAUGUAUUUAUUGACCGUGACUUCAAGAGAAGCUUGUUUAAGUCUAUUCCAUUCCUAAUAGAAAGCACCUUUAAGGAGAAAUGUGACAUUGAUUCUGAAAGUCAAUCUAAUCAGACCAGGGCGGAAACUGAACUAGAGACUUUACAUACAAAUAAAGGUGACUAAUUUAUUUUGAACAAAUUGACUAUAGACUUGGCUUUGUACAUAACCUACUAACUUUCAGAAACAUAAAAGGAAAAAAAACAUCUAGAAUUAUAAAAAAAAGUUAAAGAUAACAGCUAUAGAAAUGUAUACACUGUCAUAAAAAAUGUACAA